AUGUCUUUGUCUGAGCCCAUCGAGGUGUGGUCACUGUUCACAGCCACUAGGUGAGGAUUUGGCAGGAAGUGGACAGGCUUUAAUUGGUAAAGCUGUUUCAAUUCUUGGCCCAGCCCUGGACUCUGUCUGUCUGUCUGUCUGUCCGUCCAUCCCCCUGGCACAGAUCAGAGCUUUAAAUGUCACAGGGAGCAGCCUCCAGUCUAUACACUAAUGGCCUAGAUGGACUGAAUGUGUUGACAUAACAAUGUGUGCCAACUCCUGUGUUGGUCAGUGGUCAGAUAUAAACUAACCUCAUCUCCCUCCCCACAUGUGGGUCUGUGUUUUUGUACAAAGUGGAAACUGUGUUGGGUAGGGGCAUGGUGAAUAGGGCUGCUGCAGUGCUACUCUCAGGAGGUGGCUGUUUUUUUUAGAUAGGGGAUUUCAGUCCUACCGAUAAUCAAACUGACAACCCCAGAUCUAACCCCUAGAAAUCCAAUAAUUGUCCAGCUAAAUAUAGCUAGAACACAGGGUUUAUGUGCUAUUUAAAAGUUGAUUCAACCACAUGGUGCAUUGAGGUGUACUAUAAGGUGCUACCUUAGAAUGUGACAUUGUUACACAUUUCAUCCAAGACUCACUCUGUAUCAAUGAACUACUGAAUCGUUGAUCAUCUACAUAUCAAUCAGUGUUCACAAAUGAUAGUCUUAAAAAUCUAUUUGUGCAGUUCAUUGUACCUGAUAAUCUUGUGUAUCAGAGUGAAGCAGGCCGCAGCAGCAGCUCUGUGAGGGUGUCAGUUAGUCACCAGUGAAUCAGUUGUGAUUCUCCUCCUCUAAUCCUAUUCUUAAACACAGGCCUGGUUCUGCUACAUUUCCCCAGAGAGCAGCACCUCCAGCCUCGCUCUAAUAGUAAUACUGCAUUAAGAAUUUAGCAGACAAAUCAAAUUCUCGACAGGAUAUCGAAGUGCCCCAGGGGGCUCACAACAGGAACAAUAUAUUUUUAAGGGGGGAUUUUUUUUUAGGUGGGAUGAGUUAAGGUCACAUGAAAAGGGCUUGUCCUGGGAUGUCACCAGGCAGGGGGAUGUGGUGUUAGUAGGGAGGGGGGAGGGGGGGGGGGGUAUAGGGGGUGCUGUUAUGUUUCUUGUUCCCUCUGGCAUCUGUUCUGUUGUGUCCACUCCAGGAAGGGGAUGUGGUCUCUGUGGGGCUCCAGAGGACGGGGCUCAGUGGGCUGUGGGGAGGAGGUCAGGCUGUCAAAGAUGACUGUCAUUUAUCACACAUCACCAGCUCCUGCCUCCUGUAGCCGCCACACCUCCUGCCCACUUUAACACACUACUGGCUCGUAUCUUGGGACUUAGACUGUGGGGCGAUAUUGACAAAUGCUUUGUUUGUGAACAAUGGGCCUGAAAGCCUAUAGGAUUAUUGACGAGUAGUUAUUGAUCAGCAUUGUUUAGAAGAGGCCAUUUUGGGCAACUGAGUGUGAGGGGCUAUUGAUGAUGGUUGAAAGAUGUAGGAAAAUGCAUCAUGGCGUUGAGUAGGACUAGGCCUGGAGCUAGACAGAGCACACUAGCCUAUUGGGUGACACAGUGUAUCCCAUAUUGUCCCUAGAGUGGUGAGGCUGUUUUACGUGAUAGUUACUGGACUUCGAUAGAAGACGUUGAAGGAGAAAAAGAUGACAGACCUGGUAACUUGCAUUGUUAAAAACAAAGCCACUAGUUCCUGUUGUCUGCUGUGUGUCUUUACAGAGAAGCCUGAUACAAAUACAGCCAGACAGCCCAGACAUGGGUGUCAGCACAUUCUAGGCAGGUGUGGAUGAGGUUCGUCCCGCUGCAGCUAACCUCAUUCACAGGUCAUGUACAGUACAGUAUGGCUGCUGUGUCUGUGUCUGUGUUUAUGUCUGUGUUUAUGUCUGUGUUUAUGUCUGUGUUUAUGUCUGUGUCUGUGUCUGUGUCUGUAUUUGUAUUUGUGUCUGUGCUGGACCAUGUGGAUACCGCUAUAGUAUUGCAGUGAGUCUUUGUUCUGUCAUAGAGCAGCUAGCAGAAAGCUCUACUGUGCGGUCAUCAUAACUGCACAUUUUCCAUCUCAUACAGAGGAAUUCUAUUCAUUUUGAUUAGAUCACACAGAGAUGGCUAAUGAGAUUCAUUAGAAAGGGGGUUUUGUGUGUCGCUGUUUCGACGCAACCUGCCCCACUGGAGUAGAACGACUCUGACGUGUUUCUUUGUCUGCUCUGCAGUCGGCUAGUUUCACUGAAACGCUCGUUCCACUCCGGAAUGCCCGCCAUCGAAAGGUUUGUCGGAGCAAACAGACAGACUAUCAGUCUGACCAGGGCAGGGCAGGUCUCCCAGCAUGCACCAGGGUAGGGCGUGGCACCAAUGACCUUCCCGGUGUACUCUUUCCUCCUACGGCGGAGAGACUCAUGACUGGGAUAAGAUGUGAGACAUAGCAGAGAGGGUGGCUGCUGAGUGCCCAUUCAGAGUGGCACAGUAAUGGGUGCUCUCUGCCCAUUCAGUGGCUGAUCUCCUCAUUAUUCAAACUGCCUAUUGCAAAGUUCCAGUACAAACUGGGUAGCAGCAGACACUUCUCUGGUCAGCCAGCCAGCCGGUCAGCCAGCCAGCCAGCCGGUCAGCCAGCCAGCCAGCCAGCCAGCCAGCUCCUCCCACCAUGCUUUCUUUUCUUCUGUCUUUUUGCGGAGGGGAUAAAAAGGUCUGUUUGCGUUUAAAAAGAGCAGAUGUUAGUGGAGAGUUUUGGCACAGCGUGCUGUGCUUGCUACCCCUCGCAGCAUCUAGCUGAAUGCUGUAUAUUCACUACAGAUUGUACAGAGAGGUGAGACCCUGAAAGAGACCUGCUCAUGUCUUUACACUAGUUAUCCUAUCUAUCAAUAACCAAAUAAAAACCUUAAAAAAAAGAAAUUGAAUCGUUUUUUACCCUCAACCUUAGUACUGUUCUCUCUUUCAGUGACUUGCUGUUAUUUUUAGACAGGGUUCAGUUGCACAUUGGAUAAUGCAAACUUGUGGGUGAGUCACGCCUGUACCUUUACCCUGUAGUGUAGAGGAUGAGUAACCAUUGAAAAGUGUGAAUACACCCUCGCACAUGGUGCUCAGCACCACAGAGAAGACUGUGAUACCAUCUACUUUACAUCAGUGAAUAACGCUCCAAAUGUUCAGCUCAGUUCUAGUCUGUCUUGUCCAAGAGCCCUUAGCUGACGGUGCGGAGGUGGAUGAUGAUGCUACAGGAGCUACAUAUCCGUCCCAGUCUGCCUGCUCAUAGCUCAGACUCUGGUGUGUGGGAGGAUCCUCUGAUUCGGAUGCUCCUAGGCUUAUUUCUGCCAUAUCUGUCUUUAAAAAGACCGAUGAGGUGAAAGACUUUUCAUGUAAGAUAUACGACACAUCACAAACAGAAACCAGAAUGACACUUUUUCACGCAUCCUGGAGCCUGAGGAAAAGUGUCUUGUUUCCCAGCCUGUGAAACAUCCUGGUCAGACCACAGACAGCAGCUCACUCUGAUGAGAGACCUUUUCUCCAAAAUAUCACACAUCCACCGGGGCUUCUUAAUAAUAGCCCCUAACUGGCCACGCUUCCAUUCAAUGUAGGUCAGGACACAAGCAGACUUACAGGCGGAGCAGCCCCAGCUCUACAUAAGACAUGUGUACAACUGAUGUAAAUGUUUAGUCCAUUUGGUCCAUAAUUGUAUGUAUGUUCAGAGCUAAUGGCCUUAGUUUUAGGAUCACUAAAGGGUUGUAGGGCCUACAUAGGACAUGUACUACUGAGUAUACAGCAGAGUGAUUCUGUUCACUAGACAUAAAAUAUUGAUCCCCUGUUCAACUAGGAAACUUCCCAAAUGAGGCUUGUGUUUCUGUUGCAGCUCCGUCAUGGCAGAGUGUUCUCCAGUUGCUUCACACACUUAACGCACGCGCACACACACACACACACACACACACACACACACACACACACACACACACACACACACACACACACACACACACACACACACACACACACACACACACACACACACACACACACACACGCACAUGCACAUAGGGGCGGGAGGUUAACACACCUCUGUGUGUGUCUGUAAGGGGGUGGGCUAAUCGAUAGUGAGGGCUGUAAUUGAUUGGGCUGGCCCGGAAUCUCUUCAUCCUGCAGAAACCAAACACCCUCUGGAGAGACGGGGGAGGGCUGGCUCGGUUUACUGCAUGUGAACCCCAGCACACCCGUGGUGCAUGGUGCACUAUUGUAUGAGAGGGAUAGAGAUGGAAAGUGAUACCCACUGCAAGGGAAUUUCACAGUAGCUAGAUGGUGGAAUGUUGAGGGAUUUAUUUACCACUUUGGUAUUCUGUCAUUGAGAGUCUAUGAAUUAAUCCAUGAAAAUAUAUUUACCAAUUCACCUUUUCUAUACUGUAUAUAACAUAAUUAUAACUCUGUUGUUUUAUUUAUCUCAAUGCUAGACUCCCCAGAGCUCUCCACAUCCAGCACCCAUCUACCACGGACCCUCCCGGACCUCUGUUGCCAUGGAGCUGGACUUCGGCCAUUUUGACGAGCGAGACAAGCCCCGUACCCCACGGGGCGGGCGCAUGAACGGGCUGCCCAGCCCCACCCACAGCGCCCAUUGCAGCUUCUACCGCACGCGCACCCUGCAGGCCCUCACCAACGAGAAGAAGGCCAAGAAGGUGCGCUUCUACCGCAACGGAGACCGCUACUUCAAGGGCAUCGUGUACGCUGUGGCCGUCGAACGCUUCCGCACCUUCGACGCCCUCCUGGCCGACCUGACGCGCUCCCUCUCCGACCACAUCAACCUGCCCCAGGGGGUCCGCUUCAUCUUCUCCAUCGACGGAACACGCAAGAUAACCACCAUGGACGAGCUGGAGGAAGGUGAGCUCACAUGGGGGCUGGGUGGUAGGUAGGGAGUGGGGGUUAUUAUACUUUAGUGUUAUUACAUGUUUAUACUCAUUGGAGGAUGUUUUUGUGAUUAGUUUCCUCAGUAAGUGAACCUUAUCAUUCUAAGGUAUGUUCAUGUGAUUAUGAAAGGUACACAGCAGUAGUCUGAUGGAGAUCACCAACUGUGUGUGUCAUCACCUGUAACGCUGGGAAGAUUGGGAUGCAUAAGCGUCUUCUGCUAUGAGAUUAAGAGUCUGUCUGGCCGGUCUAGCCGGCUGUAAUCUCUACAUAUUAGAUAUGAUAAUCUGAUGGUUUGCAGGGGGAUGGAGCAGUGGGAAGGUAUGCUAUGUUAGUUUACACAGUGUCCUCCAGAGGCUCUGCCACUCUGCUAAAUGCUGGUAGUUAGCGAGCAGCAGAGCACUCACUACAGUAAUACUGUUUAGUCUCAAUAAUUCAUACAAGUGAUUCACUCAGCGCCCCAGGAGCCACAGAGCAGUGGGUUCAGUAUGUCUGGAGCAGACCUAUCAUAGCAUCAGAACAUCAGCUAGGUUAAAUCUCCUAACAUGUGGAGCUGAGGUUGUGGUAGAAUACUUCUAUGUUGGCUUAACACUUUACUACACUCUUAGAAAAAAGGGUUCCAAAAGGGUUCUUCGGUUGUCCUAUGUAGAGCCCUCUGUGAAAAGGAUCCUGCAUUUAACCCAAAAGGGUUCUACCUGGAACCAAAAUGGUUCUACCUGGAACCAAAAAGGGUUCUUCAAAGGGUUCUCUUAUGGGGAGAGCCGAAUAACCAUUUUAGGUUCUAGAUAGCGCCUUUAUUUUUAAGAGUAUACCACUACUAUGACUGCUUUACUGUUCCCUGGGUCUUUUUGAAGGCUGAUGGAUUUUAUCAUCAUCAUCAUCAUCAUCAUCAGAGGGUGGACACAAUUGUCAGUAGGGUGGACACAAUUGUCAUUGAUAUGCAUGGUGUAGUAGUAGUCUGCUGCUCUCAUUGUGUGAAACCCUACACUGUUAUUAGAGAUUCUCACUGAGGUUUUUAUCCGGUCACUGACUCUCAUUGGCAUGUACACAUGUGGAAUUCUCCCCACAGAAGUGGAGACUAGAGCCUUACAGCAGUGAGAGUGCCUGGCAGCCAGGAAUUAUAAAAUGGUUCCUAAACGGAGCCUGUUGGAACCAUCCAUCCCCCUGGAGGGUGGAGCUCAGGCAGCAUUCUGUUUGAUGAGCAGACAGACGUGGUCUCUGCCCGUUUCCUUGGUGUGAUGUAAUGUAACGUCUCCUCCCCUCAUUAGGGGGACUCCUCCACCUUUGAUGUGAGCACUGAGUCUCAGACUCUGCAUACUUAUCCACACGGGAGUCUUCCAACCAGCUCAGCAAUCUCCCUGUGGCUGAAGCAGAAUAUCAUGAAGGCUGCUGGAUCUCUUACUGUGUCAUAUUAAUACCCCCUCAACAGCAGGAGUAUCUGUUAUUCCUUGUUUGAAAGUGGUUCUGUAACUGUAUAUGAAACAGGCUCUCCUGGGAAUGAAGUGAUACACAGUCUGGGAAGACUGACAGGUAGGUGGAGCAGAGCCCCCCCAGCUGGUUCCCCAUACAGGGAGAGGGAAACAGGAGGCGUCCCUCCCCAGCUCCAUGUAAUGUUGCUGCCUUCCAGGGGAAAUUGAUCAUAUUGUGGCCUAUGAAUAGAAUAUAAAUAGAUCUUACUGCUGCUUAGUGUUAUGAAACGUUUCAGCUGAUAUUAUGCUGCCAGAUUGUGCAUUUGCCAGCUGGGAAAGGCUCUACGGUCGUUAAACGGGAUGAUUUGAGGAAAAGAAAGAGAGCAUGUUUGGAAAGAUACAGUAGAAGCAAGGACAAGUGAAAAAACUAUGAGGGUAGGACCAUGUGGUGAAGGAGAAAAAUAAAUGAGGAGUGAAUUAUUCUAGUUAUACAGCAGUUAGUUUGCUAUACUAUGCUGUUCUAUGUGGACCUUGUCAGUAGAUUUGACCUUUGGGUUCAUUACCUUGAGACCACACCCCUCAGAGUAGGAGAACCCUGUAAUCUUAUACACUUCACUGAUGCAAUUACUCUUCCUCUUGACUCAUUUAACCUGGGAAUUCAGUGUCCUCUGCCAGUGUUGUUUAAGUCUCUCCCUCAACGCCAUCUGCCCCGGAGGCAGAGUUUUUCAAUUACACUCAACACCCCUGGCUAAUUGUGCUGUUCACUUCCCCUCCCCUGGAUGCCCUCACUUCCUCCUUCCUCCCUCUCUGACACAUCAACCCUUCUGUCUUCUAAUCUUUCUGCUCAUCUUUUUUAUGAUUGGCAUGAAUAGGAACAGAAUUGGCAGAAUUAUUUUCCAAAAAGCUUGGAAGCCCUCAGGUUUUUUUUUUCUAGGGAAGGGGGUGGGUGGGGGGAUUAUACAAAUUAAACAAAGAGAUAAACCCUGGCUUAAUUUGAUCAAAAUGAGGUGAUCAUCUCUUCCAUUUGAGCUGCUUAGGAAUGAGAGGGGGGCGUCCGGGUGGGGCCGGGGGGUGUUUAUAUACUGUAUGUGUGGGGCGUCUGAGGCUGAGGCCAGAGGAGACAAGGUAUGGCACAGCAGGGAGAGUGAGUGAGAUUGUUUGCUUGUUUGUGUGUUUGUGGAAGAGAGAGAGUUGUAUGUAUUUGGGGUGGCGAGAAGAGGGGUUCAUCCUGCUGCUCUUCCUCUUUCAGGAGAUAAUGAACUCCUCUGCACUGUAUUAUCCCCACUGUCCUUUGUCUGGUGCUGCUGUGGCACAGGGUGGGAGCCCUCUCUCUGGAUCUCCCUGAGAGAGCCUCUACACUGCGGUGUCUGACUGUCUGGGGACAUGAUGGAGGAGAGACCAGGGAGACAUGGAAAUGAAGGAACGAUUGGUAGAGAAUUUACAUUUUGAAUAUUUAUUAGGAAGAAAGAUGGAGGGUAUGAUGAAAAACAGAUAGAGGAUGGGGAGAGGAUGGAGGAGGUGUGGCUGGCUGCUCCUCUUUCUCAUUUAGGUCACUUACACAGUGCAGUGCAUGUAGGGAAAGCAGCCCAGACUGCUGAGGAAGGCUUACAUGAUACAGUAUUAGCCUGAGCCAGCUGCCGCACCACCUUACAGGCCUCUAGUUCUUACUGUCCUGUACCAUAAAGAGUCAUAAAGAGCUCAGCCCAAGCUGCCAGUCCACCCAGGCAGAAGGCUUAGGCUUAGUGGGACUGGCUGACUCUUACUGCCUGUCCUUAGGUGAAAUCAGGACCUGCUUACCUGAAUGGAAGAGUCGAGCACUGCCAUUUACACUGUUGCUAGGCAGUAUGUCCUACAGUAUAGAUUUGCUCAGCUAUAAUAGUAACUAAAAUGUCAAUGUAAUGUAGGAGGUUGUUUUCCUCCAUCCUUCUACUGAAUCUGUAAGAUCUGAUGAAAGAGCGUUGAGAGUAAGCAGUGCCCUCUAGGUAGAUGCUGUCAUAACACUCUUUGAAAAGCUGUCUCUGCUGUCUCGAUGCACUGUUACACAGGACAGCCACAGUUACAGACGCAAGGUUCUCUCUCACAUGUGCUAGCGUAAUUUAUUCACUUUCCAUUGGAAAAACAUCUGCAGAAAUAUAUUUAUAAUACGUUGGAUCUCAUGACACAUAUCAUAAUUUUUAGCAGCACAUGUAGGAAGACAGACAUCCAGCAGAAAUUCUGAUUAGUAUUCCGGCUAGACAUGGAAUAUUAUAUUAUAACAGCGUUUUGAUGCUCAAAGUGCAAAUUUUAGACUUAACUCAUUCAUGUGCUUAGCCAAAGUCCCCUCUUUUCUGAGGGUACAUCUAAAUUCCUUUAUGAGUUCUCCAGGGAUGUGCAUGCUACAGUAGGUUAUAUAUGAUCAUGUCUCAAUGACAGCACUGGCUUUGCCUUCACCGUGUGCUGUCUGGAAGAAAUGCAGUGAAUAUAAUGAGUAUCCCUGUCAACCAUGGAGAAUGGAGAUGCCUGUGCACAUACACCCACCCACCCACACCCACCUACACAGGCAGGCAGAUCUGGGAGAGUUGUGGGCUGACUAUGAAGCCCACUGAUUUUCUAAGUGAAUAAAAGCAUUGGUUUGUAAUAUUUCAGUAUUUGGUUAGCAUUAUGUUACAUUAUCUGUGUUACAAAACCACCUAGCUAACCUACUGAUAUUGCUACGCUCGCUAAGUCUAGGGGUCCUAGGCCUAAAUGGUCUGUAACCUGAUUUAAGGUGUGCAUUUAUGUGAGAAGUCAGAGGAUGCAGACCAUGUUGUAUGCAUGUGCCCCCAGGAGAGAGGAAAAAGUCCACAGCGUUACUUUGUUUGAGUGGUUGCAGACAGUACACUGUGAUGUGACACUAUUUCAAAUGUCCUUACAGAUGUAGGAUGUUAAUUUGAUCACUCUUUUGUUGCUGAUAAUUUUCCUGCACUACAGGAAAUGCAAACUUGUAGUGUAUUCAAGGUUUAAAAAGGCUUUUAAAGUUUGUCAUUUCCACUUUAAAAUGUCAGACUUGAGUGCCUUAACGAAAAAUGUAUCAACCCCUACAAAAAAAUUCCAUUAAUUAGAAUACACAUAAUAAUUCACAUUUCCUGUUGCUGCAGGAGAAAACUGGCUCAAAUUAAGAUUCUACAUGUGUAUAUAAAUUGUUAAUCGUUUGUACUUGUCAUGGGAUCCCCUGGUAGCACUGCUCUGCUGUUUGCCCUGUCUUCUGUUGUAUCAUUGCUGCCCUGUCCCCUAGCUAGCUCUCAUCACCAGCCUCACAUUACUGAUGAGAUUUGUCUCCCAGCUGUCGCUCCUGUUUGCAGGUUCCAUCUAUCUUUUCUCUGCUUCACUUCCUCUCUCAGACAGGGAUCAUCAGUCUAUCCACUGACUGUCCUGCCUGUCCUCUCCUAUAAACAUUCCGCUCUCCUCUCCACCUCAGGGUCAUGUGGUGUGAAUAGUAAUACUUCAUUUCCAGCCCCUUUUUAUUUACCUAGUGUCUCUGUAUAUCAAAUGUUUAUCCCUGAGUCUCUUAACUGGAGGGCAGUAUAGGCGAUAUCCUGUCAGUGGUCUAUAGCAGUGGUUCCUAACCUUUUUCUGUCACUGUACCACCAACUGAAUUUUGCUCUGCCCGGAGUACCCCUGAUUUACCCCCUCAUGUGCAUUUUACCAGUAGGCCUAUGGUCUCAUGAGUCUUCUCAAGUACCCCCUGUGGAUAGGCCAAGUGCCCCCACGGGUCCUAGUAUCCCUGGUUGUGAACCACUGGUCUAUAGAGAAGACUAUAGCUGGCCUGGAAUCACGAAACCGCUGAUCCACAGUGACAGGUCCCAUUACACUCUCCUCCUACAGCAUACUACCUACAUGAUCACUGUUUUUAAAACUAGGACAAAUGGGAGAUCAUUACUACUUCUAGGAUCUAUGAUAAUUCCAUCAUCUGAUGUUAAAAGGCCCAGUGCAGUCAAAAACUUGAUUUCCCUUUGUUUUAUAUAUAUUUCCACACUAUGAGGUUGGAGUAAUACUGUGAAAUUGUGAAAAUUACGAUAAUGCCCUUUUAGUGUAAGAGCUGUUUGAAACGGCUGCCUGAAACUUCAGCCUGUUUGGUGGGAUGGAGUUUUGGCCUGCCUUAUGACAUCACCAGGCGGUAAAUUAGUUAAUAGACAGAAAGAGAGUUCCAAACCUCUGCCAAUAACAGCUAGUUUUCAGUUUGCCCUUCCCACUCAGACCACUUCCAGACAGUCCUAGCACAAUUCUUGCUUGAGAAAGCGAAGCAAUUUUUUCCCCCUUUUUGACAAUUUUCACUAAAAACAAUCACAUAUUUCCAAUGCGAAUAUUCAAAAAUCGGCAUAAAGAAAAUAUGCGCAUUGUCCCACGAUUGGUGUGUUUCCACCAAACGUACGUGUUGCAGAUAAAAAUCAGUGCGUGAUGACAUAGUGCACGCAAAUGUACUUUUUCACUUAAGUUUUCAUGUACCAAAUAAAAAUUGAAUGUUCAAUGUGUUUCCAUCGCAUUUUCAACUGUACCGAUAGUUUUGUCACUAAAACUGUUGCGUUAAAUAGCGAAUGUGCCUACACAUCUUUUAAAAAUAUAUUUUCCUUUAUUAUUUUCCCCUAACCCUACCACCCCUCCCCUAAUUGGAGUAAACUACUGAACAACAACACUUAGGCUUCUACUUCCAGCUUAUACACACUAUAUACAUAUUACGGAUACAAUCUAUUUUACAAUAGCUAUAUAAAUAUAUGUGUGUGUAUUUAUAUGUAUGUAUAUGUAUGUGUAUAUGUAUGUAUAUUUAUAUAUAUAUGUGUGUAAGUAUGUAUGUGUAUAUCGUUUUCUCGAUUGCUAUAUUCCAUCACUGGCUGGCAUAUCUCUGACGGAGCAGUCUCCUCCUGCUGUUUGAUGAUUGGGGGAGAGUUCAGUGCAUGGGUCACCACGCUUUGGAUUAGGUUAAUGGAGAUGCUAUAGCAAUUACAGGAAGCACAGGUCACUGGCCCAUUUAUAAACUUAUGGGAAAAUAACUGCUAGUUUGUCGACACUAUCAGAUUCAGUAGAGCUAGAUUGCACUGUUUGAGUAUGAGGCUGUUUUUCCAUCCUCUUCACAAGUUUAUGUUGUAUCCAUGCAUUUAGUAUCAUCUAUAGUAGCAUAGAAUGCUUAGUUUACAUAUGGAUGUCCCCUGUAGCUCAGUUGGUAGAGCAUGGUGCUUGCAACGCCAGGGUUGUGGGUUCGUUUCCCACGGGGGGCUAGUAUGAAACAUUUAUGCACUCACUAACUGUAAGUCGCUCUGGAUAAGAGCGUCUGCUAAAUGACUAAAAUGACAGGUCAUAAUAACCCACCUUUUCCCAAUAGUAUUGAUGUCUCACAUUGAAGCCAAUCUUUCCUCAGGGAGUUGGAAACCAAUGGGGACCUACUGAGUUUUUGAGAUGUCAAACAAGGUGAAUACUUCAUAUUCCUCACAGCGUUUCUCUUUCUCUCUGUCCUCUCCUACACCCUCAGGAGAGAGCUACGUCUGUGCGUCCGAGAACUUGUACAAGAAGGUUGACUACACAAAGAACGUCAACCCCAACUGGUCUGUGAACGUGAAGGCCUCUGCCAGCCAGAAGAACCUGCAGAGCCUAGCCAGUAAGCAGGCCAGCGAAGCCCGGGAGGGUAAGGAGUUUGUUCGGCCCAAGCUGGUGACGGUGAUGCGGAGCGGCGUGAAGCCGAGGAAGGCCGUCCGCGUGCUGCUCAACAAGAAGACAGCGCACUCCUUUGAACAGGUGCUCACCGACAUCACAGAGGCCAUCAAGCUGGAGAGCGGCGUG